AUGGAAAUCAAGCGACUUGUUGGAUUGCGGGAUGGAACAACAGAUAUUGCGAAUCGAAGCACUCGUGUUUCUUCAUCGCAGCAAUUAGCUCUUACGCCAACGAGAGCGGCAUCUCGUUCAGUUUCAAUCGAUCCUAUGACACCUCUCUCUCAAGUUGCCAGCGACAUGGAGUUUCCAACUAGCACUGGUGUUCGCACAGAGGCUCGUGCAAACCUCGCACGGCAGUGGUCGGAUGGUUCAGCGUAA